UGUCUCUUUCCAGCCAUGGCAGGCAGCGACAAGCAGCGAGAUGCUCCUGCCGCCGCUGCCUCAAAGCCCUCUCAGCCUCCGGCCAGCUUCGAUGCCGAAUUGGACGCCCUCUUCACACAAGCAAAGCCAGCACAAGCAGUGCCAAGCAAGGCAGCCGCCGCAUCGACUGCGACAGAGGUAGCCACCGUACCAAAGCGCAAAAGAGACGAUGCUGAGACCAAGGCAGAACGCAAGGCAGAGAAGCGUGCAAGGGCUGCUCAGGCUGAGCUAGCAGCGGCCGAAGCCAAGAAGCAGCGAAAGGAGGAAGCCAGCAGCGACAGUGGAGAGGACGGCGAGGACGAUAGCGAAGAGGAAGAGGACGAGGACGAAGCAUCGGAAGAUGAUGAUGCAUCCCUCGAUAUGUCAGAGAUCGAGAGGGAGAUUGCAGAGCAAGGCUUGACCAGGGGCGAUGACGAAGACGAGGAGCUCCUUGAUGAAGAAGACGAGGAUGAAGGGGAGGAAGAAGAGGCAGAAGCAGACGAGGCAUCUUCCGAGGAAGAGGAAGUAGCGGCUUCGAGCGACGAAGAAAUCUCAGAAGACGACGCAGAUGCCAAGCCGCCCGUUCACGAGUCGCUGGCAAAUUCUCGUCAGCAGCAACGCAUUAGGAAGAAGCUCGAGCAGCGGGAAUUGGAGUCAAAGGAGGUGCGCGACAAGCGUUCCAUCUUUCUAGCCAACAUACCCAUCGCCUGUGUCCAAAGCAAGACUCUUACAAAGGCUCUCAAGAGGCACAUAGUCGCACUCUCGCCUUAUCCUUCUGUCACUCGUGUCGAGUCUGUAAGAUACCGCUCUGUGGCCUUUGCCGUACCCACAGCAGACUAUGCCGCAGAGUCGGGUGCCGAUGCGGCCUCAAAUGAGAAGCGUAGGGCCCGUGCUAGGUCAUUCAAGGAUGCCGUCGAUGCCGGAGAAGACGGAGACGUGGCCAAGAACGGCAAGCCUUACCUCAAUGCAAAGCAAAAGAGAAAGGUCGCAUACAUCAACCACGAGAUUAAUGACAAGGCCAAGGCCGUCAAUGCCUACUUCACUCUCGACAACUUGACCGAGAGGGACAUCGAGAAGCUCAACAGUCUUCCGGGUUCUAGCACAGCCAGGAGUGGCAACCUUACAGCGCCUAUUUUGGCCGCUCUAACUGCAGCUCAGGUUGAUGAUUCACUAUUUGAAGGUCGCCAUCUACGAGCCGACCUGGCCGUGCCCUUGACGCUGCCAGAACUCGUCUCUGCUGGUCUCGACAGAGUAGUGUCAUCUCCAUCUACCUCGGACAUCCUCACCAGAAUCUUGACCGGGGGAGGAAAGAGCAAGGAUGACCAGUCCCGGACGCUCUUUGUGGGCAACCUCGACUUUGAGGCUGAUGAGGAGGAUCUGCGGGCCAUGCUGGAAGCAGUCGUACGAGAGGAACGGGGAACUCCACCUUCAUCGUCUGGCCCACUCGGGAAAGAGAUCGGCUCUCUGCCACCUUUUGAAGCUGCGACUACCGAGUCUGAAGCCUUUGUCGAGGCAACUUGGGUUCACUCUGUCCGGAUCAUCCGAGAUGCAGCAACUCAGAUGGGCAAAGGUUUCGCCUAUGUUAAUUUCCUUGACGAAGUCUGCGUCGACGAGCUCAUGGCCAUCUGGGAAGCAGACGAAGCGUUCCUCUCUGCAGGCAGGCCUGGCAGCAGGAGCAAGGAUGACGGCAAGAGAGAGGAUGGAAGCCGAAAGGAGUUCAAGCGCAGGUUGAAGCUGAACAAGAGACCUCUGAGGCUUGCAAGGUGCAAGAACACCAGUGGUGGAAAGGGCCAGAAGUCUGCCUCUGCUGCUAAGAAGUCCACGCAGAGCAAUGGUGAAGGUGAGGCUUCUACGCCCAAGAAGAAGGCAGACAACCGUCGUCGCUCCAUGGGUGCCCCUACCCCAGACGGGACUUCCCCUUCUGCCAUUAGCAAGAAGGCCAAGGUGGCCCACAGCUCCGACUCCCCCUCUCGUCCUCCUCCUGUCGCAACAGGUUCCUCCGCCUCUGGCUCAGCAAGCAAAUUCCCUUCGUCCUCCUCCACCCUCAUCCCCAAUCCACCACCCAAAUUCGCCCGCACGGAAGCCGACUUGGCCCGAAUGGCAUUGAAGCGCAACGAUCCGGAUCGUCAGGCGAAGCGAAUGGCAAAGAAGGAGAGGAAGAAGCAGGAGCUCAAAAUGGGAAGUCGUGCUGGUGGAGGGGCAAAGGAUAAAGUGGACUUGAAGAUUGGGAAGAAGGCCAAGACUGGCAAGAGUGGAAGUGGAUUCAAGGGAGCACCGAAGAAGGGUGGGGCUGCUGGGAUCAAGGCCAAGGGGAAGGGGAAGAAGUGAGGUGGUACGGUGCGAAGGACUAGAGUGAUGCUGGCUGUCCUUGGCAACAAGAUUUCCUGACUUCUCCGUCAGCGCUUCAUCAAUCGUAAUCUCACAUCAGUC